AUGAGCGACGAGGGUAAUAAGGGAUCCGAAAGUUCGAGUGAGUGGGCUAACUUAACACCUGAUUGCUUGCUCGAAGUCUUCUCGAAGCUGACUGUUGAUGAGAUGUUGGACGGCCCAAUGCAAGUCUGCAAGCCAUGGUCGCAAGGUGGAAACAUGGCCGUUUACAGUACCUUUGGCUUUGGAACUCGCACUGCUCCGCUUCCGGCCUCUGGUGAGUUCGACUGGGAUGCCAUGGAGGAGAAGAUGGACGCCCUUCUACAGGCUUUUGUCGAUAGGAGCAAGGGUGGCUUGAAGAGUAUCAAGAUCAAGCUCUGCACUGACAAAUCCAUCUCCUACGUUGCUGAUAAUUGCCCUGAUCUUGUGGUGCUCUGGCUUACUUCUUGCCCAAGUGUCACUGAUGCAUCCAUACUCAAGAUUGCGUCGAAAUGCAAGAAGCUGAAAGAAGUUUGCGUCCGCAGUUCAGGUGGAAUAACUGAAAACUCGCUCAACAUGGUGAAACAGAAUUGCCCCAAAGUGCAGAUUCUCAACAACUGA